UCAGUUGUCCAGAGUUCGGCAUCGUAAACAGAUCGAAAUGCAAGCUAAAACCUAUUUUUGGACUAUUUUGAUAGUCCUCUGCUGCUGUGGAAACCCGCUGGAAGUUAGCGCAAGUCGCAUGAGGAUGCCAACAGUUCCUAAAGCGCUCAGUGCCUUUAAUUGCCGGAAUGAAACCAUUGGAAAAGCAUUUAACCUGACACGACUAUCUGGCUACUGGUAUGAGGCUGCUCGAGUGCCCAAUGUCCAGGUGCUGGAGUGUCUGAACGUCUCCGUUCCUGCUGAAGUCAGUGACAACAACACGCUAUCUCUGGACUUGAACUUCAUCAGUACGGUUAACAACGAUUGGUCGUUCACAAAGGAAUCCGUCGAUUUUCCCUGGGACAACUCCACGCAAUCCGGCGUCUUUAAGCUCCAAUUCGAUGUGGUCACAGUGACCUACAAGCUGGUGGACACGGAUUAUGAUAACUUCGCCUUUGUCUGCGGAUACGGCAGCAUCUCGCCAGUUCCGCUGUUCAAGCUCUUCACCCGGGAACGAGAGCUAAAACAGCAGACGAUUGACUUCGUCCAGUCCAUGGCCGAGAAGUACGGGGUGGGUUCCCAAAUAGCGUGGGAUAAGCAAUCGCCGGAUGCGUGCAAUGGAUCCGGAGGUCUAACUUCUUUGGCUGCACUAAUGGGCUUCAUCACAGUGCUAUGGGGUCUCAGAUUGGGAGAUGUGAUUUGUAUUUAGACUUUGUUAUUUACCUAGUGAGUAUUCAUAUUUUCACCACAACUAUCAGUACAAACUCUUAUCAAUGUUUUUUCAUUUUUUAUUUCAAACGUAAUUUGUUUUAUUUGGGGUCAUUAAAAAGUGAUUGUCGUGAUUGUCGACUUUUGCUAUCGCAAAGCAAA